UCUUUCAUCGAUUUUUACUUUGUUACUUUUUCAUCUUUUGGACCCAUUUCCACUCUUUCACCAAACCCUAAAAAAAAUUAACUCACAAAGCAAAAUGUCAGAUCUUGGUUUCUUAUGAUUUUUCAAAGAGAGUGAUUUUGGCCUUAAAACUGUGGUGGAAAUUGAAUUCCACUUUCGAAGCGCUCGAUUAUGUGAUGGGAUUGGGGUUUAGGGUUGGAGGUGAAGGAAAGGGAAAUGGGAAUCCGCGGGAUUUGAAAUUCCCAAUCUGUGGAUCCGCGCUGAGAAUGCCGGCACUGCUUUUUAGGUCACAGGAUUACAAAAAUGCCGCCACUUGGUUGAGCCUUAUGCGAGGUUAUGGUGGAUGCUUCUUUCUGAGACCUACUUGUAGGUUUUAGUGGUUAAAAAUGGCAGAAUCAAACUCGGUUGAUGUGAUUCUGGAAUUUCUGCGAAGAAAUCGGUUCACUAGAGCCGAGGCAGCUUUGCGCAGUGAGCUCAGUAAUCGUCCUGAUUUGAAUGGGUUCCUUCAGAAGCUUAUGAUUGGGGACAAGGAUAAGGACUCGGGUAAUGUGGUAGAGGAGGCGAACGGGGACAAGCUGGUAUUGGAAAAUCAAGGGUCAGUGUCUCGGGAUAGUCGUGAGGUUUCCAAGGAGUUAAUUGUGAAGGAGAUAGAGUGUGGGACUGGUAGAAAUGGUUCCGAGAGUAAAUGGAAGAAUGCUGCUUCUACUGGUGAGCGGAAUAAAAGUAAUGAAGCGGUUGGGACGAGUGACAAGAACUUCAGUUUCUUGAAAGGUGCGGAGGACAUGGUGCUUGAUUUGUAUUCGUGGAAGCUCAUUCCUAGUAAUGGGCCUGGUGGAGCUUAUCAGAAUGAUGGUGGUAAUAAUGCUGAUAGCAUUUCAGAGCUUCAGAUAUCGGGGCAACCAAAGUAUCGUACGAGUGAAGCUCUUGAUGCUGGUAAAGCCAUUGUGAAGACUGGGGAAGAGAUUACUUUUUCUGGCGAAAAGAGAACUUCAUGGCUUGGAAGUACUAGUAAAGCUAAUGUGGAAUCCAAGUUUGAGAAAACCCAAGCAUGUGAGCCCAAAGAGCUUGAUCAGCAGCUUAAGAGUAGCACAUACUUCAAGGAAAACCUUGCAGAUAAUCCAUGGUCAAGAAGUGAGGUGUCCACGAAUUCAUCUUCUGAUUUGUGGAAAGAUUGCCCUGUCAAGACUGUUUUUCCAUUCUCCGAAGGGGAUGUGUCAACUAGUUAUGAUAUUGUUACAGGUUCUGACAAAAAAGAAGGAAGGAGAAAGCCAGAAAUGAGUGAUGUUAGGACAGCAAUAAAAGAGCAAGUGGAUGAGGUGGGAAGAGCCUUGUACUUUGCCAAGUCACAAGGGGGUUCCGAGCAAAAGACCAUCAGCAGCUUGAGUUUUCCUCUGGUAUCUGAGAAUCAGAAAGAAGAAUUUCCUAGGUUGCCACCUGUUAAACUCAAAUCAGAGGACAAGUCAUUGAAUGUCAAUUGGGAGGAAAAGUUUGAGCGAGAUGGACCUGGUGCAAAACUCACCAGUGCUGAUAACACCUUCCUUAUAGGCUCAUUCCUGGAUGUUCCUGUCGGACAAGAACUAAACUCUGCAGGUGGAAAAAGGAUUGCAGGAGGUAGUUGGCUAUCUGUAAGUCAGGGAAUUGCAGAGGAUACAUCUGAUCUGGUUUCUGGUUUUGCCACUGUCGGUGAUGGAUUAAGUGAAUCUGUUGACUAUCCAAAUGAGUAUUGGGACUCUGAUGAAUACGAUGACGAUGAUGAUGUUGGAUAUAUGAGACAACCUAUUGAGGAUGAGGCCUGGUUUCUAGCUCAUGAAAUUGAUUACCCUAGUGACAAUGAAAAGGGUACAGGGCAUGGCAGUGUUCCGGAUCCACAAGAAAGAGCUCCCACCAAAGAUGAGGAUGAUGAUCAAUCUUUUGCUGAGGAGGAUUCUUACUUCUCUGGUGAGCGGUAUUUUCAAGCAAAAAAUGUCGAACCAGUUACAGCUUCAGAUGAUCCUAUAGGGUUGUCAGCGACUGACAUGUAUGGGAGGACUGAUGAGAAUGAUUUAAUUGCUCAAUAUGAUGGACAGUUGAUGGAUGAAGAAGAGCUGAAUCUGAUGCGUGCAGAACCUGUGUGGCAGGGCUUUGUGACUCAGACGAAUGAACUCAUCAUGUUAGGGGAUGGGAAAGUUUUGAACGAGUGUGGAAGGUCGCGGCUAGAUGAUAUUUGUAUGGAUGAUGAUCAGCAUGGUUCGGUUCGAUCAAUUGGUGUAGGGAUCAACAGUGAUGCUGCAGAUAUGGGCAGUGAAGUACGGGAAAGUUUGGUUGGAGGCAGUAGUGAAGGGGAUCUAGAAUACUUCCGUGAUCAUGAUGUUGGAAUUGGUGGGUCUAGACAUCCUCAUCAUGACUUAGACAAGAAAUAUAUUGAUAGAUCAAACAGGGAUAAAAGGAAAAUUACUAAUCAAGAGGCCAAUAAAUAUGUAGUUGGGAAUGAUAAGGGUGGAAGCAUGCAGAUGAAAAAUCAUCCUGAUGGGGGAUUUUCGUUUCCCCCACCACUGAGGGAUGGGCGGUUGGAGCAGCCAGGCGCUAGUAAAUCUUUAUGGGCAAACAACUGCAAUGCUAUUGUCAGUGAUGAAACUGAUGAGCGUGAUAAUGCUGUGGUGGGCUCUGAUAACAUGCUUACUUCAUGGAGGCGGAAAAGCAGUGAUUCUUCACCUGUCAAAAGUUCCAGGGAUGAGGAUAAUGCUAAUGCCGUGAGAUCCACAGAUUCUACUCCAUCAACAAUCUCUAAUUAUGGUUAUGAUGAAAGAGAGCAUGCGAAGCGAGAAGAGGACAAAAAAAUUGGUUCUGCACGGGAAGAAGAUCCAGCAGCAUCACUUGAGGAUGAAGAGGCAGCUGCUGUGCAAGAGCAAGUAAGGCAGAUAAAGGCUCAGGAGGAUGAAUUUGAGACCUUUAAUCUAAAGAUUGUGCAUAGGAAAAACAGAACUGGCUUUGAGGAGGACAAGAACUUCCAUGUUGUUCUAAAUUCAGUCAUAGCUGGGCGAUAUCAUGUUACUGAGUAUCUUGGGUCAGCUGCAUUCAGUAAAGCUAUACAAGCACAUGACCUGCAUACGGGUAUGGAUGUCUGUGUAAAAAUUAUAAAGAACAACAAGGAUUUUUUUGAUCAGAGCCUUGAUGAGAUAAAGCUUCUCAAGUAUGUGAAUAAGCAUGAUCCUGGUGACAAGUACCACAUUCUCCGAUUGUAUGAUUAUUUCUAUUAUCGAGAGCAUUUGUUAAUAGUAUGUGAACUACUCAAGGCAAACUUAUAUGAGUUUCAUAAAUUUAACAGAGAAUCAGGAGGGGAGGUCUACUUCACAAUGCCACGAUUGCAGUCAAUUACCAUUCAGUGUCUUGAGGCACUUCAGUUUCUACAUGGCCUUGGCCUAAUACAUUGUGACUUGAAGCCUGAGAAUAUAUUGGUGAAAAGUUAUAGUAGAUGUGAGGUGAAGGUCAUUGAUCUUGGGAGCAGUUGUUUUGAGACAGAUCACCUCUGCUCUUACGUUCAAUCCAGGUCCUAUCGUGCCCCAGAAGUUAUCUUGGGACUUUCGUAUGAUAAGAAGAUAGAUGUAUGGUCACUUGGCUGCAUAUUGGCAGAACUUUGUACUGGCAAUGUCCUCUUCCAAAAUGAUUCACCUGCAACAUUACUGGCUCGGGUGAUUGGAAUUAUAGGUCCCAUUGAUCAAAGCAUGCUUGCCAAAGGACGGGAUACAUACAAAUAUUUUACCAAAAAUCACAUGCUUUAUGAACGGAAUCAGGAAACAAACAGGCUGGAAUACCUGAUUCCAAAAAAGACAUCCUUAAGGCACCGAUUGCCGAUGGGAGACCAGGGCUUCAUUGACUUUGUUGGUCACCUACUUGAGAUAAACCCAAAGAAGCGGCCUUCGGCUUUGGAGGCGUUGAAGCAUCCAUGGCUAUCGUACCCAUAUGAACCCAUAUCAUCGUGAACCGUUUGAAGAUUCUCUUAGGGAAAAUGACAGGCUCCAGGUGCCCUUGUGUUUGGUUUUGGGCGUCCUAUUAAGGGGGAAGGAGCCACUUUUGAUUUCUGGCUGAAAUUGGUCAUCUAUUUGAGGUGAUCUUCAAAGAGACAUUGCCCCAUUCAUCCCUGCACAAUGCAUUGGAAGGCGUGUUUGGUUUUGUUGGUGAUACCUGUCUUUCCUUCCCCUUGCCAAGUUGUAUUCCAAUUAACUAUAAUCAAGAAUGUAGUUUUGCACGCUGUGUAUUCUUAGGUGUUUCUUUCUUUUCUUUACUUUGCUUGAUCUGGUGGAAGAAGUUCUAAAUUGUUGUUGUACAUGAUGUGUGAUAUAAUUCUUUUAGGUUAUUAGUAGUA